UCUCCAGUCAGAGAUCAGAACGACUCCUCUACUGAAGCUAACCUAAUAGCUUGCACCAAGAGAAGAGAACCCAAAACACAACGAGAAAAACGAAAACGCCAGGAAGCAAACUGACGAGAUCAGCUUGAUCCGACACUGAGAUACCUACCGAAACUUCCGGCUCCUCAGCUGAAAACCCGAACCUAAGACGAAAAGGACGUUUUUUUGGGAAGAUUCUCUAAACGCUCUUUUUCUUAAGGAAAAAGAAAAGAUGUCUCCAGGAAUGACCCGAGUGAUUUUGCUGCCUUUCCUGUGCCUCCUGCUCUCCUACAUGGCUGCCGGCCAAGAGUGCACGGGCCAGUGUGAUUGCCCCUCGUCUCCCCCUGAGUGCCCGCCGGGAGUGAGCCAGGUGAUGGACAGGUGUGGCUGCUGCCGGGUGUGCGCCAAACAGAUGGGAGAGCUGUGCACCGAGAGGGACAUCUGCGACCCCCACAGGGGCCUCUACUGUGACUUCGGCGGGGCGCCCAUCAACAGGCGGAUCGGGGUGUGUGCUGCCAGGGACGGAGCCACCUGUGUGUUCAGUGGCCUGGUGUACAAGAGCGGCGAGUCCUUCCAGAGCAGCUGCAAGUACCAGUGCACCUGUAUGGACGGAGCCAUCGGCUGCGUGCCCCUGUGCUCCAUGGACGUCAGGCUGCCCAGCCCCGACUGCCCCAUGCCCAAGCGCGUCAAGGUGGCCGGCAAGUGCUGCGAGGAGUGGGUGUGCGACUCUGUGCGGCCCAACGCCGACAAGGUCUUCUUUGGCUCUGCUCUGGCCGCCUACAGAGAGGAGGCGACCUUCGGCCCAGACCCCUCCAUGAUGAGGGAGAACUGCCUGGUUCAGACCACAGAGUGGAGCGCCUGCUCCAAGACAUGCGGCCUGGGCAUCUCCACCAGGGUGACCAACGACAACCGCGAGUGCCGUCUGGAGAAGCAGACCCGGUUGUGCAUGGUCCGACCCUGCGAGUCUCACCUGGAGCAGAGCAUCAGGAAAGGAAAGAAGUGCAUCCGCACCCCAAGGGUCUCAAAGCCCAUGAAGUUUGAGAUCUCCGGCUGCACCACCACCAAGUCCUACAGGCCCAAGUUCUGCGGCGUGUGCCUGGACGGUCGCUGCUGCACCCCCCACAGAACCACCACCCUGCCCAUGGAGUUCAAGUGUCCCGACGGGCAGGUGAUGAAGAAGCACAUGAUGUUCAUCAAGUCCUGCGCCUGCCACCACAACUGCCCCGGCGAGAAUGACAUCUUUGAGUCCAUGUACUACAAGAAGAUGAUGGGAGACAUGGCCUAAGGCGCGGCGCAGGUUGAACUUUAGACCUGAGAAGAGAAAAACGAAGAAAAAACGAAAAACAAACGCACGAACAACAGAACUCCAGAUUUUUUUGCAGCUCAGUAUAUUAUUUGUUUUUGGUCGUUGUUGUUUUUCUCGCCUCCAGCCAAAACGUAUCGUAUCUGUUGUUGUUUCGAGGUUGCCCUGACACGACCGUGUGUUACGGUGACACCUCUCCGUAAAGUCUGACUGAGGGUUGCAUGCAACUGCUCCAAAGAAAGAAAAAAACCCUGCACUAGAACUUCCCCCCCCCACCUCCUACUAUGUACAACCCGUCCGUUCUCGUGUACACUUCGUCCAGAACUUUGACCUCCCAUCUUAUUUAGGUAGGAACCCCCCCACCCCCUUACCCUUGUAACCUUCCUGCCCUCCCCCCUCCCCCCCCCUCCCUAGACCAGGCCUAACUUUAAACAGCUGCAGAGGGAUAAGCAAAAGCCAAUGUUCCCCUGUACAAAUAGGUCUGAAUGUGUCCUUGUUAGUGUUUGUUUGUAUGUCAUGUAUGUGUGUAUGUGUGUAUGUGUGCGAGCAGGAGAGAGUGUGUGUCUAAGCACCUAUGGUAGCAGAGGCCUCAAUGGCGGCUUUGUCCCGUUCUGCGUCUAGUGGCGAUUUGGAGAACGGAGAAUGUGUGAGGGAGAGGUCAGAGAUUGCGCCCCCAGGCACGCCCAGCGGGUAGAGCGAUGGCGUUAGGGUCGCACAUCGGAAAGAGGCUCGCUUGCUUUCCCUUAAGGCUUUGCCACGGCACUGAGAAAAGAAACAAAAAACUGAAAGACGUGUUGACUUUUACUAAUUCAGGACAGAGGAAAGGAACAAAGUUUGUAUUUUGUACAACGAAAAAAAAUGACUGGAAGAAUUGUUACAUUUCUUUUGCUUUGUGUAAAUGAUGUAUAUAUUUGUACAGGAGAAGUUAAUUUAAAGGAUGACACUUGUUGUUUGUCCUCCCCUUUAUGUACCGAACGUGUCUUUUGUUUUUGUCGACUGUGUUUUUUACUAUUUUAUUGAGAAGUGUGACAGAGAGUUACAUGUUUUCACUUUUGUAGCUGGAAAUAAAGUGUUAUAUAUUUUUUGAUACAAACAUGA